AUGAAUUUUAAUAAAUAUCUGCUUUAAUUACCUAAAUUAACACCAAUAACUAUGGAUGAUAGUUAUAGAUAACUUGGAAUAAUAAAAAAUAAAAGUCCAUUUAGAAUAGAAAACAGAGAUUUAUUUUAUCUCAUGAACAAAAGCUAAUUUGAAAGUUUAUAUUCGAAUCCAAAAAAAUUAAGAACUGAAAAAUAAUAGUCUCUUAGGAAUCAUUCUGUUCGAAUGCACUCAUGUGUAAAUGAAAAAACUAAGGAAGUUCAUCAUCAUUAUUCUUUUAUUGAAAAUAAUUCAUAGCCCUAAAAACAAUGGGAAAAAAAAAAAAAUACAAUGGUAACAAGAAGUCUUUAAAAACCUGAAUUUAGAAACAAAUCAGAAACUUUAUGUUUAGAAUUAAAAAACUAGCCUGAAUCAAUUCAAAAAAAACAAAAUAAAAGAUUAUUAAGAAAUCCAAAAAUUAUGUUAAAAGAAUUAUGGGAUGAAAAUUAUGGAUUAUGA